AUGUCCUCGAAUAAUUUAAAUAUGAACGAAUUUUUAGACGCUAUUGAUGCAUCUACGGCUACAGAACAUCAUACCACCGCACCAACCACUACUCCUGCUCCAACUACUAACCUAACCGCUGACCCUACUUCUGCUCCUGCUCCAGUCCCAUCCGAUUCCAAAUACUACAGUACUGCUCCAAUGCGCUUCUCUGGUCGCUAUGAUUUAUUUAAACUACCAGAUUUCCUUGUUACUGUCGAAGCACAACUUUAUGCUCGAAACCUCCAAACAGAUGUGGAUCGUAUAGCUUUUUUUGGCCGAAACUUAACUGGACCCGCUGCUCAAUGGUAUGUCCAAUGGAUCCGUAAUCAUGACCAACAUUCCUAUGAACAAUUCCUUGUGGAUUUUAAAAAUAAGUUUAUUGGUAUGAUCGACCCUCAUGCCAUCCUCAAUGCGUUCCAACGCUUGAAGGAAGCUACCGUUGGCAUUGACGCUUAUAAUCAAAAGUUUUCACAACUAUUAGCUUUGAUGCCUCCAAACAUUUGGACUCCCAAGGGAGAAUUACUUUUUUAUUAUCGCGGUCUUACUCCUGAUACUGCCCGUAUGGUAGCUCUAGCUCGCCCUACCACUGUUGAUGCUGCUAUGGAAGCUGCCAGUGAAACAGUUUCCAUCACCAACCGUUCAUUUCCUACCUUCACCACCUAUGAUAUGGAUGGAGACAUCCAUAUGACCGCUGCUCUUAACCCAGUCCCUAUGGACUCUACUACUGAUCAUCAUCCUCAAGUUGCUGCUGUUUAUCGUUCACACGGAAGAGGGGGCAGAAAGGGAAAUCACAAAUCUUCCCAAGCAAACAAACAACCAAUUAAGCGUCCCUCUCGUCAAUAUUGUAUUGAUCAUGGUUUAUGUUUCUAUUGUUACAAGCCAUUACACCGCUACAGUGACUGCCCUAACCGUAAGGCGAGCAGUCCCAAAUGA